AUCAGGGCACUGCACUGUCAAUACCAUCACAUCACAAACUCUUGGCAACACCACCAUCAACGCCUGAAAAGUCUUUGCAACACAUUCUUUCAAUGUAACACAGACGACCAUGGCAACCUCUCGCGAUACCUUUACCCCAAAUCCUCUGAGGCCUUACUACAAACCCUCCUCCAUCGGGAUUCCUCAAGAUAUCCCAGGAACCACGAGUGCUGGAACGCAUGGACUGGGUCCGAAAAAUGGCAGUGCAGCGGCCUAUGCCUCGUCAGCUGCGCGAGAUAUGUUCGACUAUGGCGACUAUCUGCCGGAUACCUCGCCCUCAGUCAUAGAAGCUGGCCGGAGGACUCUCGACGACUGGAUGCACAAAUACUUUAGCAUUCUCUUAUCCCAGCCUUUUGACGUCGCCAAAACCCUUUUGCAAGUCAAGAGUCAGGGCCUGCUGGAUGUGCCGAAACCAAAACCGGUGGUAGAAGAGCUGAAGACAAAUCCUGCGGGAUUUCGACCUUCAUCAGACGCCGAUGUAUGGAACGCUGAUGUAUGGUCGUUCAACUUUUCUAUAUAAAAUCCCCACUAACAUAUAAUUCAGUAUCCCUCAGACGAUUCCGAGGGAGAUGAGCCGGCAUAUUUCACCACAAACGUACCCCCACAACCCACUCCCACUCCCGCCUCCCGGCGAAGACGACAUUCCAGUACAACAGAAGAUUCUUCUGCAACUCCAAGUAGGCCGUCCACGGCAAGCAGACCUACUACCGCUACCCAUCAACUAUCAUUGAAAAGAGCAGACUCGUUGCUAGAGGUCAUAUCACAAGAAUGGUCAAAAGAAGGGUCGUGGGGAGUGUGGAAAGCAUCAAAUGCCACAUUUAUACAUUCAUUGUUACUGCAGACUAUAGAGCAAUGGUCAAGGGGACUGUUUUCCGCGAUGUUCAACGUCCCUGAAACGGGAUUGAAUGUUUCCGCAAGUUUAGCAGAUUCCCCAUACCCUUGGGCAUCUCUAGCAGUCGCAGUUGCUGCUGCCGUCAGCACUGGACUUGUUCUCGCUCCACUUGAUUUGGUCAGAACAAAGUAAGUUCUAUUCUGCAAAAAAGAGGAUAUGCCAAAACUAACAUUAUCUAUCAGACUCGUUGUAACACCAGUUUCUACUCCAAAACGUUCCCUUUCACACAACUUACGAAAUCUCCCCUCAUACAUUUGCCCGGCAACCUUGAUGAUACCCACUGUUUUACAUAGUCUUGUCACCCCAACAAUCAACCACUCCACACCCUUACUCCUCCGCUCCCACCUCGGAAUCGAUCCCGUUCUCACACCUGCCACAUACAGCAUGGCAAAUUUCCUCUCCAAAACCGUCGAACUCUUCCUCAAACUCCCUCUAGAGACCGUGCUACGCAGAGGCCAAAUCUCGGUCCUAGCUUCUCCACUGCACAUCACAGAAGAUGGCAAAGCCCUCGAAACUGUCGUCGAACCAGGACCUUACACCGGUGUAUUCGGCACCAUGUGGUCCAUAGUCUACGAAGAAGGCGGAUCUGAACCCGAACCUGAAGUUGUACCUGCAAUCCGAGUGACUAGGAAGAACAAGAAGGCUCCGAGGAAAGGACAGGGUUUCGAGGGGUUGUGGAGGGGUUGGAGAGUGGGUAUGUGGGGAUUGGUUGGGAUGUGGGGUGCGAGAGCUAUGGGGGGAAGUGGCGGUGCGAGGGAGUUUUGA